GGAAGUAAGUUUAUAGUUUGAUGAAGUGUUGUGAACAUCGCGUUUUGUGUUUCCAGCAUCCCUGUGUAAAUUCGUCGUUAAAGCGGUGAAACACUAGCAAUUUAUUUAAAUUAUCAUCGAGAUGGCUUCUAAAAAUCUUCCAGGUCCCAGCGUAUUGCAGAAGUGGUCAACGGACGAAGUAACAUUAUGGCUAAGAGCAGCAGGAUAUGGUGAGUUUGUACUGGCAUUCAAAGGCUACCGAUGUGAUGGCGUGAAACUUUUGACGAUCACAGAACAGGAAAUAAAUUCCAUGAACCAUCAGUUUCCUGAAAAAAAACUAAAAUCAUUACUAAAACAGAUUAACAAGUCAAGAAAUAGAGAUAAAGGAUUACUAAAACGUUUAGGAAGUGAUAAAUCGUCUCCUGCACCAGCACCAGCACCCAAGGACUAUAAUGAUGAUGAAGAUGGAGGUUGGGGAUCAGAUUUUCAGAGUGAUGGGGAAGAAGAUGAUGAUCAACCAGAUUAUGAUUUUCCUCCUGAUGAUCCUGAUGAAGACGCAGGACACUGGCAACCUGGCAAUUCUGUGAAUGAACAAUUUGAUUACCGAUUGCCAGAAGAAGAUGAACAAGACGAUUUAUAUUUGCAGCCAGACGAUGCAGAACCUGCAAUACCACCAAGAUUACCAGUGGGUCAUUUUGGAAUAUCGCAAAAUGGACAAAGUAACCUCAUUCCACCUCCUCGUCCACCUAAACCGGGACAACAGCAGCCAUCAAGACAGCAGCCACCAAGACAAAUACAGCAACAAAUACAACAGCAGCCCACAUCAUAUCUGCCUCCCAGGCCACCGAAAUCACAACCGAUACCACUUCCAGUAGAGGAUAACAGUAUGUAUGUUGAACCAAACGAUGGUGAUAUAUACGAAGCUCCCAUCGAGGAAGAAUUGUAUGAAGUUCCUGAAGAUGAACCAAAGCCACUUCCAGAAGAAGAUGAUGAUGAUGAUUAUGAAAUGCCAGAUGAGAGUCAUGUCCCCACUUUGCCUGUUGUUGAACCCAAAGUUGAGCCACCUCCAAAACAAAAAUAUACUCAAUGGAAUCCACUACUGAAAAAACAACCAUUUGGACAGAGAGAGAAUACUCCAGCUCAAAAAGGAAACUACCCAGCUUGGAAACUUAAAAACCAGGAAGCUACACCUUCCCCAUUGCCUAAAACUGGAAACUGGGGUCAGCAAAAAGAGGAGAAACCUUGUCUGCCCAGUAAGUUAAAAGCACAAGACAAUUCACCAGCUCGUACGGGGAACUAUCCAGCAUGGAAGCUUAAAAACCAGGUAGCACCACCACCGCUGCCAACAACUGGUAAAUAUGGCCAGCAAGAAGAGAAAUGCAACAUGCCUAGUAUGAUAAAUGCACAACAGAGAGAGAGAUCUCCUGCUCGUCCGGGAAAUCAUUCGCAAUAUAAUUUACAAAUGGUGGAGCAGUCUCAACCUGCUGAAGAUGUUUAUGAGAUUGCUGAAGAACUGCCACCAGCACAGACUACUAGGCCACAGAUGCCAUUACCAGGGGUUACUCCAGCUGAGAGGAAUUGGCCACCAAAACCUCCGGUUCAGGCUACCCCCAGUGAAGUAAAUCCCCCUAAACAGUGGGGUCACAAAAAUGAUUUGACUCCUCCAAGUCUUCCCGGUAAGAGGAACCAAUCUCCUAAAAUAGAACGUAAAACAGAAGCUGUUGACAAUAUUCCUCAGUGGAAGAAAGAUCUCAUUGCAAAAAAGAAUAAACAACAUGCUCCUAUUUUAGAUAAAAAAACAGAGGCUGCUGACAAUGUCCCUCAAUGGAAGAAAAAUUUUAUUGCACAGAAAAAUAAAAAUGAAACUCCUUCUGUCAAACCUGGUACCGAUUCUGAUUCUGGAAAAGCAGUUGGAAACAUUAUCAACAACAUGAAGAACUUGUUGGAAAAUAAAAACAUUGAUUUUAGGACACCUAGGCAAAGUGACAAUGAUGUAACAAGCAAACCGACUUUCCCAAAAAAAGAUAGCCCUGGUAACAGUGGAGAUGGAGAAUUCAGACCACCUCCGUUACCAGGACGACCGCAUCAGAUGUCUCCUGGUGAUAGUGGAGAUGGGUCAGCAGCAGCACCACCACUACUGCCGCCACCAAUAACUAGACCUGCUGGUCCAAUGGGUAAAGCUUUGCCGGACCUUCCCAAAGAUAACACUAGAAAACCUGAAAAGAUUACUCCAGAGAAAAGUCGACCAGCUCCAAGUCAAGUUCAACAACAGAAAAGACCACUCCCUGAUGCACCGGCACCAAGAACAACAUUAUCAACAGGAGUGGUGAGUGCUCUUAUAACUAUAGUUUACAUCAUUGUGCACCUAUCAUAA